UAUCAAAAUUUCAUCACAUCGUGAACUUUUUUGGUGGUGGUUGAUCUCUUUUCUCUUUCUCUUAUCUUGACUUUGCUGCAACAACAAAAAUUGCAAAAACACAGAAAGUGUGAGAGAGAGAAAAAUAAGAGAAAGAGGCAGCCAUGGCAGGUGUAGGUAUAACAUGGCCAUCAAAGCUCUAUUCUCAUAAACCAUUAUCAUCCAAAUCUAAGCUCAUUUCUCGCUCCAAUUCUCCCCUUGUUGUUAAAAUGACUGUUUCUGUUGAUGAAAAGAAGAAAACUUUCACCCUUCAAAAAUCUGAAGAAGCUUUCACUAAAGCUAAGGAAUUGAUGCCUGGAGGCGUAAAUUCUCCUGUACGUGCCUUCAAGUCGGUUGGUGGACAACCAAUAGUGAUAGACUCAGUCAAGGGUUCGCACAUGUAUGAUAUAGAUGGGAAUGAGUAUAUUGACUAUGUUGGCUCAUGGGGACCAGCUAUUAUUGGUCAUGCUGACGAUGAGGUACUUGCAGCCUUGGCUGAAACAAUGAAGAAAGGGACAAGUUUUGGUGCUCCUUGUCUUCUUGAAAACACUCUAGCCGAGAUGGUUAUAUCAGCUGUUCCAAGCAUUGAAAUGGUCAGAUUUGUGAAUUCAGGCACUGAAGCAUGUAUGGGUGUUCUUCGUCUAGCACGUGCAUUCACUGGAAGGCAGAAAAUUAUUAAGUUUGAGGGUUGCUACCAUGGCCAUGCUGACCCAUUUCUUGUGAAGGCAGGAAGUGGGGUUGCUACUCUAGGGCUUCCAGACUCUCCAGGUGUUCCGAAGUCUGCCACCUCAGACACCCUAACUUCUCCAUACAAUGACAUUGAAACUGUGAAAAGUCUUUUUGAGGCUAACAAAGGAGAAAUUGCUGCCAUUAUUCUUGAACCUGUUGUUGGGAAUUCUGGUUUUAUUCCUCCAAAUCCUGGCUUCCUUGAAGCCCUCCUUGAAAUCACAAAAGAAAAUGACACCCUCUUGAUCUUCGACGAGGUUAUGACUGGAUUUCGUUUAGCUUAUGGCGGAGCACAAGAGUAUUUCAAGAUUACUCCUGAUCUUACAACAAUGGGAAAAGUCAUUGGUGGUGGCCUUCCUGUUGGUGCAUAUGGAGGGAGAAGGGAUAUAAUGGAGAUGGUUGCACCUGCAGGACCAAUGUAUCAGGCAGGUACCCUGAGUGGAAACCCAUUGGCAAUGACAGCCGGGAUUCAUACACUCAAACGAUUGAUGCAGCCAGGAAGUUACGAGUACUUGGACAAGAUUACAAGUGAACUUACUCAAGGUAUCAUAGAUGCAGGGAAGAAGGCUGGCCAUGCAAUAUGUGGUGGUUAUAUCAGGGGUAUGUUCGGAUUUUUCUUCACCGAUGGCCCUGUAUAUAACUUUGAGGAUGCAAAGAAGAGUGACACUGCAAAAUUUGCCCGGUUCUAUCAGGGAAUGUUAGAGGAAGGUGUUUACUUUGCCCCUUCACAGUUUGAAGCUGGAUUUACUAGCUUGGCACAUACUUCUGAAGAUAUUCAACGAACGAUAGCAGCAGCUGAGAAGGUUUUGCGAGAAAUAUAGGUCAUCGUCAGAUCUUUACCUCAUCUUGUCCAGUUUUGUAGCUAUGUGUAGUUUAUAACCUGUAUCUUGAUUGAUAUUGUCUCUAAUAAAUGAGGUUGUAUUUUUAGUUACA